UGCUAAAAACCAUUGUUUGCAUCGCCGGCUAACCAGCGAGCUGAAUUAUCGACAGCCCUACAGGUAUUGGCGGCCGGCGAGCUUUCAUAAGGUGGGCAAGGAGCUUCAAACCCUAAUUUCGCGAGCAUGGCGAGCAGUCGGGUUCUUAUUGACGUUGGCAGCGAUGGUGUGGCCGUCAUCACGAUGUCAAACCCUCCCGUCAAUGCGCUCACUCCUUCCAUUAUUGCUGAACUGAAGGAAAAAUAUGCUGAGGCGAUGACAAUAUUGAAGAACUUCAUGAAGGGUUUAAAGUUCAACAUACGAGCAGCACUCCGACUAUUGAGAUUGUGGGGAUUGAAGAAGAUGGUGGAGCUCGCUCAGAUGGUGGAAUACAAGAAUAAGAUGAAGAAGACCAAAAAAAGCGGCACACAGGUGGAUUCCACAAGAGUCAUUCCUACUGAUGUUGCAUUUCUCUUAUCUGGGGUGGCCCUGUAUUUGAUGUUGGUUCUUCCCUUUGGAACAUUCAAGGUCAUUCCUACUGAUGUUCCUCUCAACGCCCGUGAAAUGACUCAACGUUAUUUUGCUUCGCUGGCUUGUAAUGUCUUUAGAUUUGUAUCAUGGAAACUCAUUGUCGGGACAACAAAUUUGUAUAAAUUGAACUCCAGUCGGCUUCAAUUUUUUCGUGACAAUGGACAAUUCUCUGGUGGGUUUGAUAUCAAUGUUUUUGCUGAAGUUCAGAAGACUGGGGAUGUAUCAGUUUUGUCGGACGUGUCUGUUGAUCUGGUUGUGAAUACGAUUGAAGAUGCCAAAAAGCCUUCGGUUGCUGCCAUUCAGGGGCUUGCACUUGGUGGUGGUUUGGAAUUAACCAUGGGUUGUCAUGCUCGCAUAUCCACUCUGGAUGCUCAGCUAGGGUUGCCUGAGCUUAGUCUUGGAGUUAUUCCUGGAUCUGGAGGUACCCAACGGCUUCCCAGACUGGUAGGGUUGUCAAAGGCCAUGGAGAUGAUGUUGCUGUCCAAGUCUAUACGAGCUAAAGAAGGGAAGGAGCUUGGCCUAAUUGAUGCUGGUGCUUCCCCCAAAGAACUAUUGAUGGUUGCAAGACAAUGGGCUGUUGAAAUAGCUGAAAGACGUAAACCUUGGCUUCGCUCACUUCAGCGGACCGACAAACUCGGUUCUCUUUCUGAAGCAUGUCAAAUUGUUCAUGCAACCAGGCAACAAGCUAAAAAGUCUGCUCCUCAUAUUCCUCAACGUCAAGUGUGCCUUGAUGCAAUUGAGGAGGGCAUACUUUUUGGGGGAUAUGCGGGUGUCCUGAAAGAGGCAAGACUUUUUAAGGAGAUAGUAUUGUCUAGAAGUGCAAAAAGUCUUGUUCAAAUCUUUUUGGCUGAACGUACAACUUCCAAGAGCUUGGCUGGUUCAUCAUCUCCAGAGACUUCAUGGUCACGCAUGUAGUGCCUCAAACCAACAAUUCCUGUGUUUUUGAGAUUGGAUGUUACUGAAACGUUUCAUCAUCAUUGCUAAAAAAAUGGGAAUAAAUGAUGAAUGGUGUGCGAGCUUCUUAUUUGUAAAAUGAUCUAAAAAAAGUUGUUCGUCAGAUGUCAUUGAAUGAAGUUAGCCAUAACUUGUCA